CCUCGACUGCCCGGUCCCUCCGCGGCCCCCGCAGUGGGCCUCCGCCUCGCGUCCGCCAGACAUGUCCAGCCUCCAGGCGCUGUGCUCCGGCCUGCCCUUGCGGCCUCUCCCAGAGAACCGGGGACGCCGGGCCGGGCUGCCCCACGCCCCGGUCAGGACCCCCGGCCUCAGCCCCGCUGAGGAGCAGCUGGCGCUGAGGAAUGCCCUUCGGUACUUCCCCCCGGACACCCAGGAGCUGCUGGCCCCCGAGUUCGCCCAGGAGCUGCGACUGUAUGGGCACAUCUACAUGUACCGCUUCUGCCCCGACAUUGAAAUGAAGGCCUACCCAGUGGAGCAGUACCCCUGCCGGACGAGAGCGGCUGCAGCUAUCAUGCACAUGAUCAUGAACAACCUGGACCCUGCCGUGGCCCAGUUUCCCCAGGAGCUCGUGACCUACGGAGGAAACGGGCAGGUGUUCAGCAACUGGGCUCAGUUCUGGCUGACCAUGUCCUACUUGUCCCAGAUGACAGAGGAGCAGACGCUGGUCAUGUAUAGCGGACACCCCCUGGGCCUCUUCCCCAGCAGCCCCGGGGCCCCGAGGCUGGUCAUCACCAACGGGAUGGUCAUUCCCAACUACUCCUCCAGGAUGGAGUACGAGAAGCUCUUUGCCAUGGGGGUUACCAUGUACGGCCAGAUGACAGCGGGCAGUUACUGCUACAUUGGUCCCCAGGGCAUCGUCCACGGCACAGUGCUCACCGUGCUGAAUGCCGGGCGGCGGUACCUGGGCGUCCAGGACCUGGCCGGGAAGGUCUUUGUCACCUCCGGGCUCGGCGGAAUGAGUGGGGCUCAGGCCAAAGCCGCUGUCAUCGUGGGCUGCGUCGGCGUGAUUGCAGAGGUGGAUGGGGCGGCCCUCAUGAAACGCCACAAGCAAGGCUGGCUGAUGGAAGUGACCGACAGCUUGGACCGCUGCAUUGAAAGACUCAGGGAAGCGAGGAAGAGGAAGGAGGCCCUCAGCCUUGGUUACCAUGGCAACGUGGUGGAUCUUUGGGAGCGCCUGGUCCGUGAGCUGGACACGACGGGGGAGCUUUUGGUGGACCUGGGGUCAGACCAGACGUCCUGCCACAACCCGUUCAACGGUGGCUACUACCCCGUGCAGCUGGGCUUCGCAGAGGCCCAGAGCCUCAUGGCCUCCGACCCUGCUGCCUUCAAAGCCCUGGUCCAGGAAAGCCUGAGGAGGCACGUCUCGGCCAUCAACAGGCUGGCCCAGGAGAACUUCUUCUUUUGGGACUAUGGCAACGCCUUCCUCCUGGAGGCCCAGAGAGCAGGGGCUGACGUGGGGAAGACGGGCGCCAACAGGACGGAGUUCCGCUACCCCUCGUACGUUCAGCACAUUAUGGGGGACAUAUUCUCCCAGGGCUUUGGGCCUUUCCGCUGGGUGUGCACGUCCGGGGACCCGCAGGACCUGGCGGUCACGGAUCAGCUGGCCACGUCAGUGCUGGAGGAGGUCAUUGCUGGUGGAGUGAAUCCGGCUGUGGAGCAGCAGUACAUGGACAACAUCCGCUGGAUCCGGGAGGCCUCCCAGCACCGGCUGGUGGUGGGCUCCCAGGCCAGGAUCCUGUACUCGGACCAGAAAGGCCGUGUGGCCAUCGCCGUGGCCUUCAACCAAGCCAUCGCCCGUGGGAAGAUCAAGGCACCGGUGGUCCUGAGCCGAGACCAUCACGACGUGAGCGGCACAGACAGCCCGUUUAGGGAGACCUCCAACAUCCGUGACGGCUCUGCCUUCUGUGCGGACAUGGCCGUGCAGAACUUCGUGGGAGAUGCGUUCCGGGGAGCCACCUGGGUUGCCCUGCACAACGGCGGGGGUGUCGGCUGGGGUGAGGUGAUCAACGGGGGAUUUGGCCUUGUGCUGGACGGGACUCAGGAGGCUGAGCAGAAGGCCAAGAUGAUGCUCAGCUGGGACGUCUCCAACGGAGUGGCCCGCCGCUGCUGGUCCGGGAACCCGAAGGCCUACGAGAUCAUCUGCCGGACGAUGCAGGAGGACAGGGGCUUGGUGGUGACGCUGCCCCAUGAGGUGGCGGAUGAGCGUGUGCUCCAGCGGGCCCUGCGGCUGUGAGCGGGACCGAGAGCCCUGUGGUCCCCUCACCACCUCGGCCCCGCCCUCACCUCACAGCCCCCCGUCUCCCUCCGCUACUCCCCGUGCUCUCCUGGGUCAGGAGCUGUGCUCACGCCCUCUUGGGGCUCACCACCCGGAGGGAGUGUCACUGCGCCCCCAGCUUACAGCUGAGGCCAGAGGGCGGGGACCUCUGCUGUCCCCACGCGGCUCCCUGGGGACCGGGAAGGCAGUGGGGGUCUUCUUCAGGGCUGGGUGCUCAGGCCUGGCGCCGAGUGGGCUCGGGGGGCUGGUGCCGUGAGAAGUGGCCGAGCGGGGCACUGACCAGUCCUUGGGGCCGCCUGCUGUCCCUCCUCCCGCCAAGGGCCAGGUGCUCCUUUGGCCAGGCUCUCGCCCAUCGCCCCGCCUUCCCCCGACCGACCGACCGACUGGCGUGGGGCCGCCAGGUGACCAGGCAGAGACGGCCUGGCCCGGGCCGGCGGUCCACGCCCGAGACCUGCGACCUCGCUGCACAGAGAGGCCAGCUUUGAGCAUGUCCUCAUUCUCCUUGGUUCCCACGACAGGCUCCAAUUGAGAAAGAGAUUGGGGGCUGGUCUCCAGGGAGCCGCAGAAAAUUUAACACCCGCCCCCCACAUCUAGCCGGGGGGCCGAGUCCUCCCCACGGGCCAUUCCACCUUCGCCUGAGCUAACAAAACCCCACUGUUGUCUGGGCAGCAACGUGCACGUAAAAGUAGCCGAUUUUCCAGCCGCCCUUGUAAUUAGGAGUGACCGUUGGCCUGGUUCCGGCCCAUGAGGCGACGUGGAAGUCUGCUGGGUGGGUCUUCUGGGAAAGCUGUAAUAAAAACGGACAGGCGCGGCUGCAUCGCUCUUUGCUUUUGCCCCUUCGUCCUGCCAGAACCUCAGGUGUGAUGCCUGGGAGCACCGCAGCCCUGCUGUGAAGUGACCGUGAGGCUCACCGCGGCACCUGGAGGCACGUGGAAAGGCAGAGGCGCCUGGGCUCCCGGCAGUGCUGGGAGCUGCUGUACCAGGCCCGGAUGGCCUCCCCUUCUCCUUGGUCCUCACCUGCUAAAGCCAUCCUGGGAGGGCUUCUCUUCCACACGGCGAGCACGGGGUCCAAAUGGUCGUAUCGCCGCCAACAAGUCUCCACGGAGGGCACCCUGCUGCGUGUAUCUGUGCGAACAUUCCCUGUUCCUAGGGAGAGACAAAGAGGAUAUGUCCAGUUUGAAGACCGGGCCCUCCCGUCAUCCUUUCCCAUCCAGCACCCUCGCUUAUUCAGGACAGCCAGGCUCGGCCAGCCUCAGGGCAGGGUCUCAGGAGGCUUCCGGCCACGUGUGAGGGCUGCACGCCCGCCCUAGGCGCCCUACUGAGGCCGCCAGUGAGCAGUCUCCUCCCCUGCCUCAGCUGCCCGCAGGGAGAAGGGACGGCGGACACCCAGAGCGGAGCCGCUGCCGGGCCCGGGGGGAGUCAGGGCAGUGGCCGCAGCCUCGGUCACCAGCCACUGCGGCCGCUGACGUUUCAGCGCACCCGGAAAGUUCAGGGCGAAGAGCAGGGUGAGACUCUGUGUUCUGGGAAAACGGGCAGCACAGGCCCUCAGAGGGUCAGGUGUUUUCUGGAGUAGUCGUUUAUGAACCUGGAUUCUCACCUCUUCCCACAAUUAGAAAAGCACUAAAACCAUUAACUUAGGUAUUUGCUCCUUCCCACCAGCAGCAACCUUCUGCCAGCCUUCUUGAAGAAACGAGAGGUGUGUAGUCCGCUCAGAAAUGUUUUCAUCAAAACAGUGAAAGUAGAAAACAGUCGGCCCUGAUGGGCGUGAGUUCGGCUGCCUUCGAAACUGGGGCUUGUGAAAGUCUCCGGGCCCCUCCCGGGGCCCCCUCUGCUCCCUGGGAACCUGGACCCCCCCCCCCCCCCCCCGCCCUGCCCCGGGAACAGAGGCUCUCCCUGCCGGCCAGCGCAGGCCGGUGCAGGAGGGCUCAGCUCUCUCGCCCUGGGCUUUCCAGAGGGGGCUCCUACCCUGGGGGCUGGCGCUGGACUUGACCUGCACUCGCGUUCUAUUUGGCCUGGCCUCUGUAAAAAUUUUUUGACAUCGUCACCGAUUUUUAGAAAUUGGGAAAUUUCACUUAAAAAAUCCAGAUUUUGAGUUACUUAAAGAAGUCAAGAGAUUAGGUGACGCCACGCGCUCGCCACCGCUGUGACGGCAAUUAGCCGGAGGCCCCUUGGGUCCGGGCUUAUUUCACCCAAGUUACCGCAGCCCUGCAGCCUCUGCUGUCCUCCAGUGGCGAGGCCACGUGUGUUUGUUGUUUAUUCUUGGACAGGAGCUGCUGAUUUCUUACCCCUGCCUCUUCCCCACGUUUGUGUCACCUGCAUGGCUUCUGUUGGGAUUUGAAUCGGUGUCUGUAUUAGGGCUCUCUAGAGAACCAGCAGGAGGUAUACCCGUACGUAUACCGUAUGUGCUAAAGAUAGAUGUCCGUGUAUAGAGGUAGAUGCCGUCCAUGUCACGUGCGCCGGAGGCCCAGGGAAGCCGGGGGCGCAGUUCAGCCCCAGCCCCAGGGCCAGGGAGCCCGGGGUGCCGAUGGUGUGAGUCCCCGCCCAAGGGCGGGAGAUGACAGGAGGGGUCCCAGCUCAAGAGGGAGGCAGAAAAAGGCAAGCUGCGUCUCCUCCCACCUUCUGUUUUGUUCGGGCCGACUGCUUGCGUGACGCCUAUCACUUUCUCUGGGGAGCCCCCCCCAUUCAAAUCCUAAUCUCAUCUGCAAACACCCUCGUGGACACACCCAGAAGCAAGGUGUAAAACAGCCCGGUCCACACGACGUGUAAAAUUUACCGUCACGGCGAUCUUUGAUGGAGAAAUUAACUCUGUGGUGCGAUGGUUUACAAUGAGAAAUAUGUGUUUGGUCUUCAGCCUGUUUCUGGCCCAGAGCUCCUAAAACCCGUGGAAUUUCCUAAGUGACGAGAGAGAUGAGAUGUUUUGCUGUUCGUAACAAGCCCCUUUCUGCCACACCUGAAUUUAUGUUUCCGAAUUUGGGGCCUCACCUGAGAUGGGGCUGGUCGCCCGGGGACCCAGCCUUGUGACUGGAGAGUUGAACCUUCAGUUUCCCACCCGCGACCUCCAGGGAGGGGAGAGGGGCUGGAGGUUGAAUCAAUCACUGAUGGCCAAUGAUUUCAUCCAUCUCGCCUGUGUAAGGAAGGCUCCAGAAAAAAACAAAAGGAAGGGGAUGCGGAGAGCUUCUGGGCUGGUGAAGCCCUGCAGAUCCGGGGUGAGCGGCGCACUCGCGGUGGGAGCCCGAGUCCUUCCCCAGGCCUGGCCCUGUGCGCCUCUUCCAUCGGGCUGUUCUUGAGUUAUGUCAUUUCACGAUAAGCCAGUGAUUUAAGUAAAAUGUUUCUCCGAGUUCUCUGAGCUGCUCUAGCAAGUUAAUUGAACCCGAGGAGGGGGUCAUGGGAACCCUCCAUAUGUAGCCGGUGGGUCAGAAGCACAGGUGCCAACCUGACCUGCAAUGGGCAUCUGACAGCACUCUGGCAGGCCUGAGCACUUGAGCUGCGGGAUCUCCUGGUAGAUGGUGUCAGAUGUGUCAACUGCCUGGUGGUGUUGGGGGAAAAAAGCACAUUGGAACGCCCGGCCCAGCCCAGCCCCACUCCUGCCACAGCUCCGGAAGGACUGCAUGCUACCAUUGGCCGUUCAGAGUCCACAGUGAGGCCUUUCAGUCUAUCAGGUGCUGGGAGAGCAGCAUCUAGGCUGGUGGGGUUUCCCCCCAAAUGCAAAUAUGACAAGUGCGCAAGUGCCCUCCGCUUCUCCUCCCCCGGCUGCCCCAAGCCCUUUCUACACCCACCUGCUCGGAGGGCAGGGCCUGGGUUACUGAGGGUGAACGCGCAGUGUCUGCGGUGCUCCUAAUGCCCGGAAUCGCUCUAGAAUGUGCCUUUCUGCCUGUGCCUGAGACAUCACCGAACCACCACCGGCAGUCAAGCCCAGGGAAUGAGCUGCCCCUCUGCUCCUGCCUGCUUGUUGCAGGGUGGUUGGGAGGGCAAGGAGAGUCCUUGGCAAACGUUUAACAGGGCUCAUUUCACCCAUUUAAAAAUGUUUUUAAAAAUACUGUCAGCCUGGGCUUCC